CUCAUCCUUUCUUUCCACCUUACUUGAGCUCUCAAGUUGUUUGAGAAAUGGCCUCUUCGGUUUCUAAAUUGCUCUUCCAAGCCCUCCUGUUGGUUUCCAUCUUCUGUCUCUCCAAUGCUGGGAGAAGACUCACUGACUUGGUUGAAGAGCAGCAAACUAUGCUCUUUCAAUACCACAAUGUCCCUCUUCUCUCUGGCAAAAUCUCUGUUAAUCUCAUCUGGUAUGGCAAUUUCAAGCCUACUCAACAAGCUAUUAUCUCCGAUUUCGUCUCUUCGCUUUCUGGGUUAGAUUCAUUGAAGUCCCAAUCCCAACCCUCUGUUUUAUCCUGGUGGAGAACCACAGACAAGUACUACCAUCUCAGCUCCAAAUACAAGAAGCCCACCUCUACCCUUUCUCUCGAGAUUGGUAAUCAGAUCCUCGACGAGAACUACUCAAUGGGCAAAUCGCUUACCCGCACCCAAAUUGAGCAACUUGCAGCAAGAGGUGAUCAUAGAAAUGCCAUUAAUGUAGUUCUGACCGCCGCCGAUGUCAAUGUCGAGGGCUUCUGCAGGGACACAUGUGGAAGCCAUGGUUCCCAUGGCAAGAAAUCAAAGUUUGCUUACAUCUGGGUUGGCAAUUCAGAGACUCAGUGCCCGGGCCAAUGUGCUUGGCCUUUCUACCAGCCCAUCUAUGGACCUCAGAACCCACCAUUGAUUGCCCCAAACAACGAUGUGGGCAUGGAUGGAAUGGUUAUCAAUCUGGCUAGUCUCUUGGCUGCAACUGCUACCAAUCCAUUUGGGAAUGGUUUUUAUCAAGGCCCGGCAAUGGCACCAUUGGAGGCAGCUUCUGCUUGCCCUGGUAUUUAUGGAAAGGGAGCUUACCCUGGCUAUGCAGGGGAUCUGCUGGUGGAUUCAACUACUGGUGCUAGCUACAAUGCCAAUGGUGCAAAUGGGAGAAAGUACCUUCUUCCUGCUCUGUUUGAUCCUUCCACAUCUUUGUGCUCUACAUUGAUCUAAGAUUAAGGAAGGAUAUCAGCGAUGUAUAUAGUUGUUGUUAUAGAUGUAGAAGAUAUGAUGGAUACGAA